AUGAUAGAGUACAAACCGAAUCAGGGCAGCGACGAAAUUUUCGAGAAUAAUCGCCUGAUUGGAACCCAGAAUGAGGAAAAGCUCUCGCUAACCCAGCUAUGGGAAGUCAUCGUACGCACGAAACGUCUUCCAGAUGGAUCCGACGAGAACAUCCUCUACGCCGGAGUCCGUGAAAGACUCCGUGAUCCUGAACGAGAAGUUCGCCAGCACGCCCUGAGAGUUCUCAUCGACCUCAUCCCCGUCACCCAAACCCUAUCCCUCGACGACCACAUGCGUGCCUUGCUGCCCGAGCUGCUCUCCAAUCUGGGUCACCCCGCUCCCGCCCUACGGAAAGGCGCCCUAGAUACCCUACGGAUCUAUCUAAGUCACAGCAGGAACCGUGACCAACUCUUGCGAGACCUGAUUUCGUCCACUCUAGUAGAGGACAACCUCCUAGCUGCCGCUCCGUUUCUAGUGGACGCCAACACGAGCAACGAGACGCUCGGUCACGUGCUAGAGCGGCUGGGCAGUGAAAUCAAGGAGCAGGGUUAUCGGCAGGAAGUGGCGGCGAAGUCGUUGGCCAGGUUGAGAUAUUCCCUGGGAGAUGAACGGUUUAAAAUGCUCUUUGGAGUUGAGAGGUUCGCAGAGCUGCAGAAGAUUUGCGACUUGUACGGGUUUCCAAUUGAUUAUAGUGACGGGGAUGCUAGUGAUGGGGAGAAUGUGAUGUGGGCCGAGGAGGAGGAUAAAGUGAUUCUUGAAACUGAGAUUACUCUGAGGACCGGACCUGCAAUCACCAUGAAGAUACAUGAAGAGAGUCGGUCUGGUAGUAGGGAGGAAUAUGCGGAAAGUGAAGAUGAGGCCAGUGAAAUGUAUGCCUUUAUAUCAAAUUACAUAUUCUUAUUCCACGACAGCCAAAAAAUGGGGGUAAUAAAAGUCCUUGAAGACGACAGUGACCCAGACUUCUACGAAGCGGCGCGCCGUACCCCCCGAAAAGUGCGCUUUGGAGGCGAAUCCGUGAAGAUGCGUACGCCAGAGAGCGACAGUAACCAUGAAGAUAGUGGAUCGACCAUACGCAUAACCGUCACGGAUGCAGUGUCCAUUAAAACCCGUAAAAGUUUGAUUCCGGUCCGGAUAACAUCCUUGCCUUCCACUCCUAAGAAGGAGUCUUCAUUGGUGAAGCCGCGUCUUCACAAAUCAACGCCCGAUUUAGGUGGGAGUAGCAGUAAAUCGAGAAUACCCAUGAGGAAGGGGUCUAAGAUUAAGAAAGAGCCUCCAGUAGAUGUAAUAUCCCCAGCAAUAUCGCCGAAACAAGAGCCAGAUCCACCAGAAGCCAAAAAAUCUUUAGCGAAACCAACACGAAGGAAAAGCAGAUCAGAUGACGCACUCAGCCCUAUCCCUGUUCACAACGAAAUAGAAGUUAUUCACAACCUCACAAGAAGCCCUGAACGCAAAAGAACUCGUAGUCCCUCCCCCCAAACUGAGGAGACGAAGGAGGAAAUAAAAAAUCAGACCGCUUUCAACAGUUUCCAGUUGUGUUCUCCAACUUCUACUGCAACAGAACAUAAAAUAACUGUUAACCAGCUUGAGGAAAAAAAGGAAAAAAGUGAAAAGCAGGCCGCUUUCAAUAGCUUCCAAUUGUAUCCUCCAACUCCUGUUGCGCCCGAGGCAGAAAGUCCCGAAAAAGUGACGAUAGUGACCUCUACUCCCCAAGGAAAAGACAAAGAUCAGAAACAAGAACAAAAUACUACUGCAUACAAUAGCUUCCAGGUGUGCCCUGAAAAUUGCAGAAUAAGCGAAGAAAAUUUAAGUGCAAUGAACAAGAAUAGUGAUGAGUUGUUAGAAAGGCCAGACGAACUUUGUAAUAAAUCAGAAGCACUGGAUAAUCUUGUUAAAAUGUUGAAGCAGCCAAAUACGUGCGAGGCUCUGGAACCAGGACCUGCAGCAUUACUUUUCGAGGCUUUGUUCGCGUGCCAGCAUCUAGAUGUCUUGCACUUCCUAGCUGACGAUGCUCUAGCUCUUUUGGUAAAAGGCGUCCGGCCCCAAGUCCUGGAACAGUGCCUUGGCCGCGUGGCUCAAGGAAUUUGCAAAAUUGGAGCUCCUUCAGGAGUGAGUCUUGGCUUGAUGAUCAUGAAGAAAUGUCCGGCCAAGAAAUUGCAGUUGGAAAUAAUGGAUAAAUGUUUUGCGCAUAGAACUAGAGAAGGAGCGUUGCAAAUUUUGAUGGCUGCUGCAAGACUGCUUCCAAGUAGCGAAGUUGAGGUUAGCAAAAUUACGGAAUUCGCAGCCUUUGCACUUCGAGAUCGUCGUCGGAGAGUAAGGCAUGCAGCCCUGGAAACUCUGGCCACUCUUGCCCAGCUGUCGUCGAACGUGGAAGUUCUCGAUACAGUUAAUAAGAUUUGUGAAGCCUCACAAGACCGACAGUAUCUGCUUAGAGUCGUGAGAACAAGACUAUCUAGACGUCAGUUGCCAACAGUGGAAAUGGAUGGUAAAGUACGCUAUUCCACCCCUCGUGACCAAACAGAGGUUGAAUGGUUAGCUGGUAUUACUAUACCUGCGUCUCCGCCAUCUUCAGCUGCUUCUUCUUCUACGUCUCUUGUGAAUUACUGGAGGUACAACUCUCGCCACAUAGAGAAUGCAAAUGUAAAUUUACAAUUCGGGUCAUCUCAGAGGAGAAUAAAUAAUGCUUUAAAAAAGGACGAGGCAGUGAAGGUCAACUCAGUGUUUUGCGGAAAGUUUGUUCUACAAAAAGCUGACAGAGUUAUUGAGGAGUUUAAAUACUUCAAUACUCAAAAUGCCCCGAUUUAUCGCCACGACACCGAUUUAGAAGAAUGGUUUAAUAGUCAUGUGACCGCUCCAAUAUUAACUCAGCUUGGAGAAUUUGAAGAACGUGAAUCAGGCUGGUCUUUGAUGGCUAUUACGAACCUAGGAGUGAACAUAAACAAAUUCACGCCACAGCUGGGGUCAUCAUACAUCGACCUUCCGCAACAAAUUAAAAGAAAAAAGGCGUGCGUUAACGUAAAAAAUGACGAUAACGCCUGUUUUGCGUGGGCUGUGACAUCGGCCUUGUAUCCUGUUGCCGACCAUACUCAUCAUCCCGACAGGACUUCGUCUUACCCACAUCCCUCAACGGUACUCAACCUGACGGGUAUACAGUUUCCCAUAACUAUGAAACAAUUACCCAGGUUCGAGAAUCAAAACGAUGUAUCCAUCAACGUAUACUGCCUCAAAAAGACAAAAAAGAACUUCACUACACACCCAGUUUAUUUGACGAAGAACAAAAAAGAUAAGCACGUCAACCUGCUUUUAAUACAAGAUAUGUACGCUGAUGAGGGUGAGGAUGGGAGUAAUAAUGGUACUACAUCUGUGAGAUACCAUUACGUAUGGAUAAAGGAUCUAUCACGCCUCCUAUCACAACAACUUAGUAAAGAUCAUGCUAAGAAGCAUUUUUGUGAUCGAUGCCUGCACUACUUUUCAUCCGCGGAAAGACUAACCAGCCAUUAUAUCGACUGCAAAAAUCAGAAUUACUGCAGAGUGCGAUUACCUACUGAGGACCAAAAAGAGCUUAAGUUUAAAAACUAUAAAAACAAAGAAAAAGUGCCGUUUGUUGUGUACGCCGACCUCGAGAGUGUUCUGAUAGAGGAGGACUCUGGCAACAAGUACCAACGGCAUGUGCCUGCUGCUAUAGGAUACUUUGUCAAGUGUUCAUACGAUCCCUCUUUAUCAUUUUAUCAAUCAUAUCGUGGUGAGGACUGUAUGUCAUGGUUUGCUAAACAAAUGUCAGCGUUCGCCGAGGAUGUUGAAACGGUUUUUUUGUGCCCUUUCGACAUUUCCAUGACUUCUGCUCAAGAGGCUGAAUUUGGUAAAGCAACACACUGCCACAUCUGUGAACAGCCAUUUAAGCCUGAUGACAUAAAGGUACGUGACCACAAUCAUCUUUUUCCAAUAAAUAACUAUAGGGGCGCCGCACACAAUGAUUGCAAUAUUAAUUACAAGGAUGAGGUAAUUAUACCUGUUGUCUUUCACAAUUUGAGCGGUUAUGAUGCACACUUCAUUUUGGAAAAUAUCGCGAAUGAUAUGUCGGAGCGUGUUGAUGUACUUCCGAUAGCAAAGGAAAAAUACGUAUCAUUUACUAAAAAUUUAGACCAAAAUUUAAUAAAAUUCCGUUUUAUCGAUUCAUUCCGUUUCAUGAAUUCCGCAUUAGAUACGUUAUCAUCAUACUUGACCGAGUUUCCAAAUUUA